AUGUCUAUCCAUCUUUUCAUGUCAAACAACUCGGUGUACAAUACCACUCUCUCUUGUGAUAGUCUCGGGAUCCACUACGACGUCACCAAGUCGAGUGAUACUGGAAUCAUUACCGUGACCCGUUGGGAAAGCAGUACUAACACCAAUCAUUUUGUGGCCGAGUUUUGCUACCCACUCGCGUCUCCGGACAAGGUUCGGUUAGGAGGUCAGACGGAAUGGAUGAAGAGAGGAGAAUUUCUGAAACGAGUUGAAGGCCAUCCGCUUUCCCUAUCUCGAACGUUUAUGGGGAACAACGGAACUCAAUAUAGAUGGAAGAUUCAUUGGCCAAAAUGGGUGUUAUGUUAUGCCUCUAAAGAUGAAGUUAACCAGGAACCCCUUGUCAAAUACCAUUAUCAUCCUCUGCGCAAGAAUGCUUCAUACCUAGAGAUCUGCGAUCCAGCUGUCAUGAGCUCGCUGGAUAAUAUCUCUCAUUCCUAA